AUGAACCUCUUCAGCAAGAAACCAAGUCCUAAAGAGGCUCUUCGAGAUAGCAAGAGAGAAAUGCAACACGCUACUAGAGGUAUAGAGAAGGAAAUCGGAGCACUGCAGCUAGAAGAAAAGAAGCUUGUCGCAGAGAUAAAACGAACAGCUAAGACUGGAAAUGAUGCAGCGACUAAAAUUCUAGCCCGGCAGCUAAUCAGGCUCAGGCAGCAAAUAGCUAACUUACAAGGUAGUCGAGCUCAAAUGAGAGGUAUAGCAACUCAUACGCAGGCAAUGCAUGCCCAGUCUUCAGUUGCUGUUGGUUUAAAAGGUGCCAGUAAGGCGAUGGAAGCUAUGAAUAAGCAAAUGGCACCUGCAAAGCAAAUGAAGGUUAUAAAAGAGUUUCAGAAGCAGUCAGCCCAAAUGGAUAUGACUACUGAAAUGAUGUCAGAUGCCAUAGAUGAUUCCUUGGAUAACGAUGAGGCUGAAGAGGAGACCGAAGAGCUGACAAAUCAGGUGCUGGAUGAAAUUGGUGUUGAUGUUGCCUCACAGUUGUCAGCAGCACCAAAAGGUAAAAUUGCAGGGAAGAAUAGAGAGGAUGCCAGCAGUUCUGGUGUCGACGCCCUUGAGAAACGAUUGGCAGCUCUGAGAAACCCUUAA